ACCAUGUGACCCAACCAGGAAAAUCUCUGGCUCCUAGUUAUAGCCUCUCAGUUUUUCCUGGUCAGGGCAUGUGUUGCCUGAAAGGCUUACCUCCGCAACGGUUCCACUACAUAGCUUUCACCUAUCAAGUCAAUGUCAGUUCAGUGAGGUUGAAUGAGGGGAGGAGGGAGGCCCAUUGUUUAACCCAGGUUAGACUGAGGCUUGAGGGGAGGGUCUGUGGCAGCAGUCGGUGUGCAAGAAAGAGUUGGGGGGGUUAGGAAAGGAUGUGAAAGCUGCUAAAGCGUUUACACACAGUGAGUGGUUAACACAUUACAUACUUGUUGGAGCGUUCCUGGAUUAUUGCUUAAAGAUGUCCGUCUGUCUGUAGCCCUCGCUCUCUCCUCUACCACUCUGUCUCUCUGUCUCUCUGUCUCUCUGUCUCUCUGUCUCUCUCUCUCUCUCUCUCUCUCUCUCUCUCUCUCUCUCUCUCUCUCUCUCUCUCUCUCUCUCUCUCCAUCCCUCUCCAUCACUCUCAUGCCAGACUAUCCCAAACAAUGUGAGUGUGAGACAGGGAAGGGCAAACCUAGUGAACAUUAGCACCAUUUUCAGUAGCAAACAUGGUUUAUCAUCUGAUGUUGAUGCGUGUGUGUGUGAGAGAGCCCUAUGCUGGAAGCAUAUUCAGGGUUAUUUAGUGAUGGAAUCUGCUUUGGCCAAGCUCUAUGUUCCGACGGGAAUCUGACUGGCUGGGAUUGUAUUCUCUGUUAAACACACACACAUACACUGUUCUGCCUCGGGAUGGCCACAUUCCCCGGAGCGUUACACAGAGGAAGAAAAUAAAACGGAGAGAGCAAAAGAAAGAGAGAAAAGGGAUUUGGAGAGGAAGUGAGAUGUAAUGUAUAAAUGAUACAUAAUCACAAUGCCUAUGAGUUAAUUCAGGGCCCUGAGCUGCACUCAUUUGUCAGUUGCAGAGCUCUCUAUCUUUUUCUCUCAUUCUCCCAUACUGAAACUAAUAGUGUGUGUUUGUGCCCUCAGAAACUGUGUGUGUGCCUCAGCGUAGAACAUAUCAGUUGUUGGUGUGUGUGUAAGCACAGAUCCUCAGUUGUUAGUGCGUGUGCGUGUGUGUGUGUGUGUGUGUGAGUGUGUGUAAGCACAGAUCCUCAGUUGUUGGUAUUGUAGUUGAUUGUCCCCCUCCUCCCUUCUCUCCUCUCUUUCCGCAGGUGGAGGAGGGAAGCGGAAAGGCAGGAGUAAGAAAUGGAAGGAGAUCCUCCGCUUCCCCCACAUCAGCCAGUGCACUGAGCUGGGCAACAGCAUCGGUACAUUACUGUGUCUGCGUCUGUGUGUGUUUUUGCAAGUAUAACUUGCGUGCCACCUUACUGGUGUGUUGUCAGUGUUUGUAAACGUGCCUAGGUCUAUCCAAAUUUUUAUACUAGUGUCUGUGUGUGUUUUUGUGUCUUUGUUUUUGUGUCUGCCUGUCUGUCUGUCUGUCUGUCUGUCUGUCUGUCUGUCUGUCUGUCUGUCUCUGUGUGUGUGUGUGUGUGUGUGUGUGUGUGUUGUGUGUGUGUGUGUGUGUGUGUGUUUCUGGCAGAUCGGGACUACAUGAGCCUGUGUGAGAAGCAGCCCAUCGGCAGACUGCUGUUCCGCCUCUACUGUGAGACCAGACCUGAAUUGCUGCGAUGCAUCCACCUACUGGACGCCAUGGUAACACACACACACACACAAAAACACACACACUUUUAAAUGCACUCACUUGGAUUAAACACUAUCUCAAAAAAGUACUAAUCAUGUUCAGUUGACUGAGAGAAGACAAUCAAAUUGAGUAGUGAUUAUACUAACAGCCUCCCCUUUAUUCAGUGACACAAUGUGUCUCAGAUGACAGGUUUUAGAUUGUAGAGAAGAAACCAUCCAAACCCAAUAUCAACAAUGGCCAGCAGCCUCCCCAGGACCAUGUGACUGGAUGAGAGGAUUGUUUCUGGUCAGACCCCCCCCUACCCCUUCCCAUCAACCUAAAAAGGACCAUCACGCUCUGAGGGAAACUACCCUCGCGCACACAAAAUAAUGGGGCAGCAGCAGACAUGCAUUUUUGUAGUCACACACACUAGAUCUAAAAUAAAAACACAAUGUUAUGAGAAAGAAGAGACAAUGAAAUCAGAUAUCUUGUGGGGUCAUAUUUUUUUAUAGAGAAACAGAGAGAGUGUGUCCAUGUGCCUAUACUGUAUAAGCUAGGGAAAAAAGAGAGAGAGAGAGAGAGGGAAGGAAGGAAGGAAUGUGCCUGGGGUCCCUGUGGUUCCUCUGACGUCAGUGCAGAGGGAGGGAGGGGGGUAUGUGUGAUUGCUGGCGAAUUAUGAUUGGCUAUUGUUGGCAAAACUCUGUAUGCGUUGUCACACACACACACACACACAACUACACACACAACUACACACACACACACGCACACAGAAUGAGCUUCCCAAUUGUUACCCCUAGGGGUUAGCUGAAGGGAAAUGGAGACGCCCCCUUGGCUUUUUGGCAGACUUGUGUAUACACACACACACACACACACACACACACACACACACACACACACACACACACACACACACCACAAAGGUCAGAGGAACAGAUCUAAUCGCAGAAGUCUGGCCUUUUCACCCCAUGCCUUUCUUUCCAUAGCUCUGUUUCUCUCUCUCUGUUUCUUUCUAUAGCUCUGUUUCUCUCUCUCUGUUUCUUUCUAUAGCUCUGUUUCUCUCUCUCUGUUUCUUUCUAUAACUCUGUUUCUCUCUCUGUGUUUCUUUCCAUAGCUCUGUUUCUCUCUCUGUGUUUCUUUCCAUAGCUCUGUUUCUCUCUCUGUUUCUUUCUAUAGCUCUGUUUCUCUCUCUCUCUGUUUCUUUCUAUAGCUCUGUUUCUCUCUCUGUGUUUCUUUCUAUAGCUCUGUUUCUCUCUCUCUGUUUCUUUCUAUAGCUCUGUUUCUCUCUCUCUGUUUCUUUCUAUAGCUCUGUUUCUCUCUCUGUGUUUCUUUCCAUAGCUCUGUUUCUCUCUCUCUGUUUCUUUCCAUAGCUCUGUUUCUCUCUCUGUCUGUGUCUCAGAGCAGAGUAGAUCACUCUAGAGUGUGCCACAGCCCGGGUCAGGAGAGAAACUCUAGAAGUGUGUGUGUGUGUGUUGGAAAGCUGGUGAUGCUGGUCUGACACACUGUGACACUCCAGGACCUCACGGAAUCCUGCCGUGUUGACUAUGUGGUUGCCAGGCAACGCAGGGUCACAUAUGGAGUAUAGAGAGUGUCUGUUAAUAACAGAUUGUGGGUUAAAGAGGUGUUUGUGUGUGUGUUUCAGGGCAGGUGGGUUAGUGAAGAGUCUUGCGUAAUGGGGAUUGAGAGGGGAGAGAAUGAUCAGGCAGUGAAGGAUUAUCACAGAUGCCCAGAUCAGCAGACCUACUCACCUCGAGACUAUCCCCCAGCCCUAGCAAUGCUGAACCACACUCGAUGCUCUCACACUCAUGGCUGAUAUAUCAUUGAUUGAUUGUUGUACACCAAUGGCGAAGGUGCAUAAAGAUGGCGGUCCCCAUGUACUUACUACAAGCGCCUCGUUCGCUCAGUUCUCCAUAUUGUACAUUGCUCUCCGUUACUCUUUUUUUGUAUGGGCAUUAGCGCAGUAUACAUGAUUCCAAUUCUAGCUCCAAGACAGCGGCAAUUCGAAAAAAACGAAAAAGUAGAUUGUGCUGAUUUACUUGCACAUUGAACCAUGUUGCUUGCGAUAGUUUAAAACUAAAACAAUUAUUUAUUGGUGUUUUACCCAAUAAAUUACUGGGAGUUUUUUUAUAUAGUGUGCGACUCUCUUCAUUUAUUUUUAUAGUGUUAAAACAAUGACAUCAUAUCUGAAUUUCUCCAUCUGUAUACACCUUUGGUGCCGUAUGGGCUUAGAAGACACAAUAUCAAGAAUGUGUGCUGUGCACAAAGCACAAGUUUGAUUCAGAGGGGUUGGGUUAAAUGUGGAAGACACAUUUCAGUUGAAUGCAUUCAGUUGUACAACUGACUAGGUAUCCCCCUUUCCUUUCCCUUUACAUUAAACAAAGUAAAUGCAUUUAACAAUUAAAUGCAUAAUUAGUACUCACAACAAAGUACAGUUUUCACCUUGUCACACUACACAAACAAUACACUUCUCCCUCUCCUAUACCCGAGCUGCUAAAGGUAUAGAUAAUGACUGAUCAUUUCAAGUCAAUGCAGUCCACACGGUCUAGUCGCAUGUUGCAUGUUUGCAGAAUACUGAUAGCAACACAAUAAUGUCUAUCAUUCAAAACAUGGUCUCGUCCAUACUUUGCCCCUGAUUAUGGAAUAUUAUUGAAUGUACCAGUCAGACCUCGGUCUAAAUAGUAUUUUGUUUUCUUUCAAAUACUACAGUUGCUUAGAUUACUUUACCCAGCAUGCCAGUUGGAUUUGGUUUGCACUUUUGGGACUAUUCCAUUGGUUGCAUUAUGCUGGCCAAGAUAAAUCGGUAGUGCAUGACGUAUUUCAAAGGAAAUUUAUAUUAUUUGGAACCAGGUCUGAUACAGUGCAUUCGGAAAAUAUUCAGACCCCUUGACUUUUUCCACAUUUUGUUACGUUACAGCCUAAUUCUAAAAUGGAUAAAAUUGUUUUUUUCCAUCAUCAAUCUACACACAAUACCCCAUAAUGACAAAUCAAAAACAGGUUUUUAGAUUUUUUUGUAAAUGUAUAUUUAAAUAACCCAUGGAAAUAUCACAUUUACAUAAGUAUUCAGACCCUUUACUCAGUACUUUGUUGAAGCACCUUUGGCAGCGAUUACAGUCUCGAGUUUCUCCCAUUCUUCUCUGCAGAUCCUCUCAAGCUCGUGUCAGGUUCGAUAGGGAGCGUCGCUGCACAGCUAUUUUCAGGUCUCUCCAGAGAUGUUCGAUCAGGUUCAAGUCCGGGCUCUGACUGGGUCACUCAAGGACAUUCAGAGAUUUGUCUCAAAGCCACUCCAGCAUUGUCUUGGCUGUGGGCUUAGGGACGUUGUCCUGUUGGAAGGUGAACCUUCGCCCGUCUGAGGUCCUAGAGCAGGCUUUCAUCAAGGAUCUCUCUGUACUUUGCUCCGUUCAUCUUUCCCUCGUACCUGACCAGGCACCGGUGAAACGGGCACGGGCUGUGCCGGACUGACGACGCGCACCACAGGCUUGGUGCGGGGAGCAGGAAUGGGCCGGACCGGGCUGACGACACGCACCCCUGGCUUGGUGCGGGGAGCAGGAACGGGCCGGACCGGGCUGGCGAUGCGCACCACAGGCUUGGUGCGGGGAGCAGGAACGGGCCGGGCCGGGCUGACGAAGCGCACCACUGGCUUGGUGCGGGGAGCAGGAACGGGCUGGGCCGGGCUGACGAAGCGCACCACUGGCUUGGUGCGAGGGGCAGGAACAGGCCGGGCCGGGCUGGCAACGCGCAACCAUUGGCUUGGUGCGGGGAGCAGGAACAGGCCGGGCCGGGCUGGCGACGCGCACCAUUGGCUUGGUGCGAGGGGCAGGAACAGGCCGGACCGGGCUGGCGACGCGCACCAUUGGCUUGGUGCGAGGGGCAGGAACAGGCCGGACCGGGCUGGCGACGCGCACCAUUGGCUUGGUGCGAGGGGCAGGAACAGGCCGGACCGGGCUGUGGAGACGGACUGGAGGUCUGGAGCGAAGAGCUGACACAACCCGUCCUGGCUGAAUGCCUAUCUUAACACACUCUGUGUAAGGCAUCAGCACAGGACGUACAGGGCUGUGUACACGUACUGGCACAACAGCACGUGACACUGGCGCAGGAUAUCCGGGACCGAGGAGGGGUACUGGAGGCCACGAGCGUUGAGCCGGCACACUCCGUCCUGGCUGCCUGCCCACCUUAGCACAACACGUGCGUGGUGCUCGCACAGGACGUACCGGACUGUGCCGGACCACUCGCGGCACAGUACGCAGCUCCGCAUAUCUCGGAACCUGCCCAGUCUCACGCUGCCUAGCCUGAGUACGGGGAGUUGGCUCUGCUCUACCUCUAGGCUCCGCCAACCUCCCUUCCGGCCCCCCAAACCCGGUGGCCUCCUCUCCUAAUCCCCAAACUCGCCCUGUAGCUGCCUCCAGCAGCCCCGUCGUCCAUGCCGUGUGCCCCCCCCUAAAAAUGUCUUGGGGUUGCCUCUUGCGUGUCCGACGUCGGCCCGGUUGGCGCCGCUGCUCCUCUCUACGGCGCGCCUCCACCGUCUCCUCCCACGGACGGCGAUCCAUACCGGCCUGGAUCUCCUCCCAAGUCCAGGACCCUUUCCCGUCCAAUAUCUCCUCCCAAGUCCAGGCUGUCUGCUCCUGGACACGCUGCUUGGUCCUGUUAUGGUGGGAUCUUCUGUCACGUUCGUCAAAAGGAGCGGACCAAGGCGCAGCGUGGAAUGCGAACAUACUUUAUUUAUAUUCACCACACGAACAAAAACAACAAAACGAUACGUGAAGUCCACGGUCAAAUACACAAACCAACACGGAACAAGAUCCCACAAAACACAAGUGCCAAACGGCUGCCUAAGUAUAGUUCCCAAUCAGAGACAACAAGCAACAGCUGAUUCACGUUGCCUCUGAUUGAGAACCACCCCGGCCAACAUAGAAACACAUGAACUAGAAACUGAAACAAUGAACACAAAACAUAGACUCUACACACCCUGGCUCAACAUAAAAGAGUCCCUAGAGCCAGGGCGUGACAAUCUCAAGGAUGAUCAAUGGAAACAGAAUGCAACUGAGCUCAAUUUCGAGUCUCAUAGCAAAGGGUCUGAAUACCUAUGUAAAUAAGGUAUUUCUGUUUUUAUUUUGUAUAAAUUUGCACACAUUUCUAAAAACCUGUUUUCGCUUUGUCAUUAUGGGGUAUUGUGUGUAGAUUGAUGAGAUUAUUAUGAUUCUUUUUUUUAUUUUAGAGUAAGGCUGUAACGUAACAACAAUGUAGAAAAAGUUAAGGGGUCUAAAUACUUUCCGAAUGCACUGUAUGUACUGUCAGUGUUUAAUAAUGGGAUGUUGUGUUGAACCAGGUCUGAUAUGUACUGUCAGUGUUUAAUGAUGGGAUGUUGUGUUGAACCAGGUCUGAUAUGUACUGUCAGUGUUUAAUGAUGGGAUGUUGUGUUGAACCAGGUCUGAUAUGUACUGUCAGUGUUUAAUGAUGGGAUGUUGUGUUGAACCAGGUCUGAUAUGUACUGUCAGUGUUUAAUGAUGGGAUGUUGUGUUGAACCAGGUCUGAUAUGUACUGUCAGUGUUUAAUGAUGGGAUGUUGUGUUGAACCAGGUCUGAUAUGUACUGUCAGUGUUUAAUGAUGGGAUGUUGUGUUGAACCAGGUCUGAUAUGUACUGUCAGCGUUUAAUGAUGGGAUGUUGUGUUGAACCAGGUCUGAUAUGUACUGUCAGUGUUUAAUGAUGGGAUGUUGUGUUGAACCAGGUCUGAUAUGUACUGUCAGCGUUUAAUGAUGGGAUGUUGUGUUCUUUAGGACGACUAUGAGCUGGUGCCUGAUGAGAAACGGAAAAGCAGAGGAGAUCAGAUUAUUGGGAAGUUCCUGUCUAAACAGGUGAGUCAGUCUUUAAAGGAGGAUUGAUGAAUGUAGAUGUACAGCUGUUAGAUUGUUUGUUUGUGUGUACUUGUGUGUGUGCGUGCUUAUGUGUGCUCUUGUGUGUGUGUGUGUAGUCGUCAGAGUGUGUGGAGGCAGCAGAGAGCCUUGCUGAGCAGUGUAGAGAGAACCUGGAGCUCCACCCCUGCAAGGAGAUCUUCAGUGACUGUCGCAAGUAAGGGAAUCUUCCUUUGGUCGCAUUACUUUUCGUUCAACUGUGAUGUUAUUAAGAAACAGCUUGUUCCUAGCUUAUCCCUAACCUGGUCCCAUACUCUAUAUGCUGUAGCCAACUCUUCUAUUGUUUUCAAGCCAUACAAGUUGCUGCUGGCAUAACGCAGCUUCAAAAGACGAUUUGAUUAACCCACUUGGUAACAGUGGGAGAAUUGAGUGGUUGGUGUACCAGGUAGGGCCAGGUGCUCAAAGUGAACCCCCACCCCAACCGAUAGACCAGGGAUCAUCAACUAGAUUCAGCCACUGGCCAAUUUUUUUCUUGAGUGGAUGGUCAGGGGGCCAGGACAUAAUUACAAAUCAUUUGCAGACUGCAAAAUGGCCGCAAGAAGACCAAACAGAUAUAAUACUUGACUGAAACAAAAUUAUUUACAAUCUUGCUUAUAUGUUUUAGACGGAAUCUAAAACAAAAAUCCAGAAAAUCACAUUGUAUAAUUUUUAAAAUUAAUGAUUUUCUGGAUUUUUGUUUUAGAUUCCGUCUCUCACAGUUGAAGUGUGCCUAUGAUAAAAAUUACAGACCUCUACAUGCUUUGUAAGUAGGAAAACCUGCAAAAUCGGCAGUGUAUCAAAUACUUGUUCUCCCCACUGUAUAUCUCUCUAUUAUGCGUGGGAAUACUUUGGAACAAAUCUCCAAAAUUAUAAUCACUUGGAGCUGAUUUGGUGGUGUUUUUAGUCUUUUAUGUCCAACAAUAAAAAAUAAAUGGAUUUAUUUAUUUUGCUCACAAAACUUUGGGGGCCAAAUAAAAUCACCUGCGGCCUGCCAGUUGGGGAACCCUGCCAUAGGCCUUUGUUUUCCGUAAAAACACUCACCCCACUCUAAGCAAGCUACCUAGCAUACUGCUCACAGAGAGGGCAAAUAGGGGAGAGCAAUCAGCUGAUCAUAGCGAAUGUAGAUCAUGUAAAUCAGCUAACUUAGCUAGCUAACGGUUAGCUGUGCUGUUGUAACAAUUGAACUACUCUUUACCUGUGAUUAAAGUUUGUUCUGCUGCUAACAUCUGCGUUGUACGCCUACUUAAAAACAUCUGCGUUGUACGCCUACUUAAAAACAUCUGCGUUGUGCGCCUACUUAAAAACAUCUCCAUUGUACGCCUACUUAAAAACAUCUGCGUUGUACGCCUACUUAAAAACAUCUGCGUUGUACGCCUACUUAAAAACAUCUGCGUUGUACGCCUACUUAAAAACAUCUGCGUUGUAUGCCUACUUAAAAACAUCUGCGUUGUACGCCUACUUAAAAAUCAUCAGUUUGAAUUGAACCCUUCCCUGUCCCUGACAACUCAAAAAGUAGCCAGUGUGCCUCUACUCAUAAUACCGCUAGGCUCUGGUAACUUCUGCUUGUGCAGCAGCAGGAGGGUGAGUGCAGUGCGCACUCGCCUGUGGGCAGAGGAGCGGGGCAGGGGGGAUUUUAAGAGUCAAAAAUAUGAAAUUCGCUCGUUUGAUGGGCAAUAUUUUACAGAACAGAAGAGACUAAAAGUAAAAUAAAAAUGUAUCUGAAAGGGCACUUUUCUCAUGCACCCCUAGAGCUCUAUCUGUGCACGUGCCUAGUACCAGGUGUACAGUGCCGUGAAAAAGUAUUUGCCCCCUUUCUGAUUUUCUCUAUUUUUGAUACUGAAUGUUAUCAGAUAUUCAACCAAAGCCUAAUAUUAGAUAAAAAAUACUUAUUUUAUUUAUUUAAUUAACACAGUUAUGCAACACCCAAUUCCCCUGUGUGAAAAAGUAAUUGCCCCCUUACACUCAAUAACUGGUUGUGUCACCUUUAGCUGCAAUGACUCCAACCAAAUGCUUCCUGUAGCACCUCCCUCUGCAACUGGAUCCUGGACUUCCUGACGGGCCGCCCCCAGGUGGUAAGGGUAGGUAACAACACAUCCGCCACGCUGAUCCUCAACACGGGGGCCCCUCAGGGGUGUGUGCUCAGUCCCUUCCUGUACUCCCUGUUCACUCAUGACUGCAUGGCCAGGCACGACUCCAACACCAUCAUUUAAGUUUGUUGAUGACACAACAGUGGUAGGCCUGAUCACCGACAACGACAAGACAGCCUAUAGGGAGGAGGUCAGAGACCUGGCCGUGUGGUGCCAGGACAGCAACCUCUCCCUCAACGUGAUCAAGACAAAGGAGAUGAUUGUGGACUACAGGAAAAAGAAGAGGACCAAGCACGCCCCCAUUCUCAUCGACGGGGCUGUAGUGGAGCAGGUUGAGAGCUUCAAGUUCCUUGGUGUGCAUAUCACCAACACACUAACAUGGUCCAAGCACACCAAGACAGUCGUGAAGAGGGCACGACAAAACCUAUUCCCCCUAAGGAGACUGAAAAGAUUUGGCAUGGGUCCAUAGAUACUCAAAAGGUUCUACAGCUGCACCAUCGAGAGCAUUCUGACUGGUUGCAUCACUGCCUGGUAUGGCAACUGCUCGGUCUCCCACCGCAAGGCACUACAGAGGGUAGUGCGUAAGGCACAGUACAUCUCUGGGGCCAAGUUUCCUGACAUCCAGGACCUCUAUACCAGGCGGUGUCAGAGGAAGGCCCUAAAAAUUGUCAAAGACUCCAGCCACCCUAGUCAUAGACUGUUCUCUCUGCUACCGCAUGGCAAGUGGUACCGGAGCGCCAAGUAUAGGUCCAAGAGAUUUCUAAACAGCUUCUACCCCCAAGCCAUAAGACUCCUGAACAUCUAAUCCAGGGGUGUCAAACUCAUUUUAGCUCAGGGGCCACAUGGAGGAAAAUCUAUUCCCAAGUGGGCCGGACCGGAAAAAUCAUGGUAUAUAUAACUUAAAAACAACAACUUCAGAUUGUUUUCUUUGUUUUAAUACGAUCAACAUACAACAUAAAGCUGGAGGCUGAGGACAGUGUGUCCAAAAUAGUACAAGCACAACAUCACUAUUAAUCAUAAAACACGUCAAGUUUAUUUGAAAAUUCUAAAGAAAAAGAACACACAAACACACAAUGCCUCAGUGAUUAACAAUACUGUUUCACAGAUCACAGAACUAUAUCAGGGUGUCAUUUCUCAGGCAGAAAUGUAGAUACAAAUAAUGAAAUCCUGUUCCGCAAACAAGUGCAAGAACCACAGAGUCAAGAAUAGGUUAAAUAUACAAAUAAAAUAAAAUCAAUUAAAAACAAUAGCACAUCAACAUAAAAACAUAUAAACAUAAAGCUGGAGCCUGAGGACAGUGUCCAAAAGCACAACAUCACUAUUAAUCAUAAAACACCUCAAGUUAUUUGAAAGUUCUGAGGACAAAGAACACACAAACACACAAUGCCUCAGUGAUUCACAGAAGUAUAUCACAGAUCACAGAACUAUAUCAGGGUGUCAUUUCUCAGGCAGAAAUGUAGAUAAAAAUAAUGAAAUCCUGUUCCCCAAACAAGUGCAAGAACCACAGAGUCAAGAAUAGGUUAAAUAUACAAAUAAAAUAAAAACAAUUAAAAACAAUAGCACAUCAACAUAAAAACAUAUAAACAUAAAGCUGGAGCCUGAGGACAGUGUCCAAAAGCACAACAUCACUAUUAAUCAUAAAACACCUCAAGUUAUUUGAAAGUUCUGAGGACAAAGAACACACAAACACACAAUGCCUCAGUGAUUCACAGAAGUAUAUCACAGAUCACAGAACUAUAUCAGGGUGUCAUUUCUCAGGCAGAAAUGUAGAUAAAAAUAAUGAAAUCCUGUUCCCCAAACAAGUGCAAGAACCACAGAGUCAAGAAUAGGUUAAAUAUACAAAUAAAAUAAAAUCAAUUAAAAACAAUAGCACAUCAACAUAAAAACAUAUAAACAUAAAUCUGAAAGCGUUGCUCAAACUCCCGUAACAGUCCCGUUAUUUUUAUCUUUGAACCGCUUCAUGUCUGCCACAUGUUGGGGUCGCGCACACAUUUUUCAGACAGGGGAAGUGAGCUGCAUCACCACCGGCAAGUUGCGUCUCCCACAAUGACAGCUUCAACUUGAAAGAAUGUAUGCUGUCAUAAUACUGCGUGACAACUUUGUUGCGCCCUUGCAGCUGUUUGUUCAAGUUAUUCAGGUGCUCUGUAACAUCCACCAUAAAUGCAAGGUCCGGCAUCCAUUCUGCGGAAUGAAAUUCUAACACUGGUUUGCCCUUUUCUUCCAUGAACUGUUCAAUUUCUUCUCGUAAAUCAAAGAAACGCCUCAGCACAGCACCUCGGCUUAACCAUCUUACCUCAGUGUGGUAUGGCAGGCCAUAGAUGUGGUCUUUCUCUCUGAGAAGGCUGUCAAACUGACGGUGAUUCAGGCUUCUGGAUCGGAUGAAAUUAACAGUUUGGAUGACCACCUUCAUGACGUUAUCCAUCUUUAAUGACUUGCAACACAAAGCCUCCUGGUGCAAAAUACAGUGAAAAGUCAAAAAAUCACGUCCUCCAUUUGCAGAUUGCACUUUCUCUCUGAACUUUGUCACAAACGCCUGCUUUUUUUCCCGAUCAUUGAGGGCGCACCAUCUGUAGCCAGGCUGACAGCGCGGGACCAGUCCACUCCGACCCUGUCCAGCGCGCCGACGAGUGCGGUAAAAAUAUCAGCUGCUGUCGUUGUAUCUGUCAUCGGCACCAACUCCACGAACUCCUCGGUGACGGUCAAUGUGUCAUCAACUCCGCGGAUGAAAAAAUGGCCAGUUGUGCAACAUUUGUAAUGUCCGUGCUUUCAUCAAUUGCAACCGAAAACGCAAUAAAUGACUUUACUUUUUGCUUCAACUGGCUGUCCAAAUCCACUGAAAGAUCGGAAAUCCUGUCUGCAACUGUGUUUCUUGUCAGGCUGAUAUUUGCAAAAGCCUGCCGCUUUUCAGGGCACACAAUCUCCGCUGCCUUCAUCAUGCAUGUUUUUACAAAUUCACCCUCACUAAAUGGUUUUGAAGCCACUGCGAUUUCAUUAGCAAUGAGGUAGCUAGCUUUCACUGCAGCGUCACUGAUGUCUCGGCUGUGAGUAAACACAGACUGCUGUUUCUUCAGACCCGCCAACAGUUCAUUCACCUUCUCUCAUCUCCGCUGUCCUUGAAAGUUGUCAUAUUUGUCGGCAUGAAGACUCACAUAGUGGCGACGAAGGUUAUAUUCUUUCAGCACUGCAACAUGCUCUGAACACACCAAACAUACAGCUUUCCCAUUCAAUUCCGCGAUGAAAUAGGAUGACCAUUUUUCUUGGAACACUCUGCACUCUGCGUCCACUUUUCUCUUUUUUGACAGAGACAUAUUGGGGCAAUGAGGGUGCCAAAGCACAUAAUGUUAAAAGUAGAAGCCGUAAUAAAUAUCGCGGGCAAAACAAAGUAGCUCAUUGGCUGCACGUGCUUGACCUACUUGCUCUGCCCCGGUAUAAACAGUUUGCUUGCUUAACACAAUUGCUAUUGCGCCAUCCAGUGGACGCAAUUGGAACAGCAGUUUAUUUUAUUGAAAAAUUGCAGCGCAUUUUUAUACUUUCCAACAUGUUUUUUUUUUUUUUUUUUUUUUUUAAAUCAUCUCGCGGGCCGGAUUAAACCCGUUUGCGGGCCUGAUUCGGCCCGCGGGCCGUACGUUUGACACCCCUGGUCUAAUCAAAUGGCUACCCCCCCCCCCCCCCCCCCCCCCCCCUCUUUUACGCUGCUGCUACUCUCUGUUUAUUAUCUAUGCAUAGUCACUUUAAUAACUCUACCUACAUGGGCGGCAGGUAGCUUAGUGGGUAAGAGCGUUGUGCCAGUAACCGAAAGGUCGCUGGUUCUAAUCCCCGAGCUGACUAGGUGAAAAAUCUGUCGAUGUGCCCUUAAGCAAGGCACUUAACCCUAAUUGCUCCUGUAAGUCGCUCUGGAUAAGAGCGUCUGCUAAAUGACUAAAAUGUAAAUGUAAAAUGUAUGUACAGUGGGGAAAAAAAGUAUAUAGUCAGCCACCAAUUCUGCAAGUUCUCCCACUUAAAAAGAUGAGAGAGAUCAUCAUAGGUACACGUCAACUAUGACAGACAAAUUGAGAGAAAAAAAAUCCAGAAAAUCACAUUGUAGGAUUUUUAAUGAAUUUAUUUGCAAAUUAUGGUGGAAAAUAAGUAUUUGGUCACCUACAAACAAGCAAGAUUUCUGGCUCUCACAGACCUGUAACUUCUUCUUUAAGAGGCUCCUCUGUCCUCCACUCGUUACCUGUAUUAAUGGCACCUGUUUGAACUUGUUAUCAGUAUAAAAGACACCUGUCCACAACCUCAAACAGUCACACUCCAAACGCCACUAUGGCCAAGACCAAAGAGCUGUCAAAGGACACCAGAAACAAAAUUGUAGACCUGCACCAGGCUGGGAAGACUGAAUCUGCAAUAGGUAAGCAGCUUGGUUUGAAGAAAUCAACUGUGGGAGCAAUUAUUAGGAAAUGGAAGACAUACAAGACCACUGAUAAUCUCCCUCGAUCUGGGGCUCCACGCAAGAUCUCACCCCGUGGGGUCAAAAUGAUCACAAGAACGGUGAGCAAAAAUCCCAGAACCACACGGGGGGACCUAGUGAAUGACCUGCAGAGAGCUGGGACCAAAGUAACAAAGCCUACCAUCAGUAACACACUACGCCGCCAGGGACUCAAAUCCUGCAGUGCCAGACGUGUCCCUCUGCUUAAGCCAGUACAUGUCCAGGCCCGUCUGAAGUUUGCUAGAGUGCAUUUGGAUGAUCCAGAAGAGGAUUGGGAGAAUGUCAUAUGGUCAGAUGAAACCCAAAAAACUUUUUGGUAAAAACUCAACUCGUCGUGUUUGGAGGACAAAGAAUGCUGAGUUGCAUCCAAAGAACACCAUACCUACUGUGAAGCAUGGGGGUGGAAACAUCAUGCUUUCGGGCUGUUUUUCUGCAAAGGGACCAGGACGACUGAUCCGUGUAAAGGAAAGAAUGAAUGGGGCCAUGUAUCGUGAGAUUUUGAGUGAAAACCUCCUUCCAUCAGCAAGGGCAUUGAAGAUGAAAAGUGGCUGGGUCUUUCAGCAUGACAAUGAUCCCAAACACACCGCCCGGGCAACGAAGGAGUGGCUUCGUAAGAAGCAUUUCAAAGUCCUGGAGUGGCCUAGCCAGUCUCCAGAUCUCAACCCCAUAGAAAAUCUUUGGAGGGAGUUGAAAGUCCGUGUUGCCCAGCGACAGCCCCAAAACAUCACUGCUCUAGAGGAGAUCUGCAUGGAGGAAUGGGCCAAAAUACCAGCAACAGUGUGUGAAAACCUUGUGAAGACUUACAGAAAACGUUUGACCUGUGUCAUUGCCAACAAAGGGUAUAUAACAAAGUAUUGAGAAACUUUUGUUAUUGACCAAAUACUUAUUUUCCACCAUAAUUUGCAAAAAAAUUCAUUAAAAUCCUACAAUGUGAUUUUCUGGAUUUUGUUUUCUCAUUUUGUCUGUCAUAGUUGACGUGUACCUAUGAUGAAAGUUACAGGCCUCUCUCAUCUUUUUAAGUGGGAGAACUUGCACAAUUGGUGGCUGACUAAAUACUUUUUUUCCCCACUGUACAUAUUACCUCAAUUACCUCGACUAACCGGUGCCCCCGCACAUUGACUCGGUACUGGUACCCCCUGUAUAUAGCCUCGCUAUUGUUAUUUUUCUUGCUGCUCUUUAAUUAUUUGUUACUUUUAUUUCGUAUUAUUUUAUAUUCUAUUUUUUGUUGGUAUUCUUUCGUAAAACUGCAUUGUUGGUUAAGGGCUUGUAAGUAAGCAUUUCACUGUAAGGUCUACACCUGUUGUAUUCGGCGCAUGUGACAAAUAAAAUCUGAUUUGAUUUGGUCAGUCUCUUUCAUCACUGUGGUGGUAUUUUGGCCCACUCUUGCAUGCAGAACUGAUUUAACUCAGAGAUGUUUGUGGAUUUUCAAGCAUCAACUGCUCGUUUCAAGUCCUGCCACAGCAUCUCAAUUGGCAUUAGGUCUGGACUUUGACUAGGCCAUUCCAAAACUUCAAAUGUGUUGCUUUUUAACCAUUUUCAUGUAGACUUGAUUGUGUGUUUUGGAUCAUUGUCUUGCUGCAUGACCCAGCUGCACUUCAGCUUCAGCUCACAGACGGAUGGCCUGAUAUUCUGUAGAAUUAUCUGAUACAGAGCAGAAUUCAUGGUUCCUUCUAUUAAGGCAAGUCGUCCAGGUCCUGAGGCAGCAAAGCAUCCCCAAACCAUCACACUACCACCACCAUGCUUUACCGUUGGUAUGAGGUUCUUACUGUGGAAUGCUGUGUUUGGUUUUCGCCAGACAUAAUGGGACCCAUCUCGUCCAAAAAGUUGACUUCAGUUUGCCAAAAAGAACCUGGAAGCACCUGGAUUAUCAUCAAGACUCUUGGAAGAAUGUUCUAUGGACAGAUGAGUCAAAAUAAUAACUUUGUUUAUGAAAUAAAUGAAAUAAGUAUGUCAUUUUUGUGUUAUUUGUUCACUCAGGUUCCCUUGAUCUAAUAUAGGUUUUGGUUGAAGAUCUGAUAACAUUCAGUAUCAAAUAUAUGCAAAAGUAGAGAAAAUUAGAAAGGGGCAAAUACUUUUCACAGCACUGUAUAUGCACUUGUGCAAGAGCCUGGGGACAAGGUUCUGUUUGACAAUGAAGGAACACAGAGAGGGGUUGGCUAAAGCACUAACACCCUGGAGGGACCACCAGCUGCCUUAGCACCUUGUUAACUGUAACUGCAGCUGUUGUCUGUUGUCUCAGGGCUUUAACCAGUAACCUCUUGUCGUCUGUGCUCUCAGGGCUCUCCAUCACUACCUGAGAGGAGAUCCCUUCUCGGACUACCAGAACAGCAUGUACUUUGACCGUUUCCUACAGUGGAAGAUGCUGGAGAGGUGAGUGCUGCCUAAAAACUCCUACAAAAUCUAAUAGAAACUGAUGUUUUUAGUGAUGAUCAACUAUCAGUCUGGUACUUUCUCCAUACAACAUUACAAAUUGGCUAAAGCAGGAGCAGCCUUGCACCUAGGCUAGUAUUACUAUGUUCCAUGAUGUACAGUGUACUAUUAUUCAGCUGUACAUUAAUGGCUGAUGUGUGUUUUCAGGCAGCCAAUAGCUAAGGACACGUUUCGACAGUACAGAGUACUGGGGAAGGGAGGAUUCGGAGAGGUGAGGCAAAUUUGUCCAUUUAGGAGAAUUAUUUGAAAAUUGUGAUUGUGAGAUAAACUGGCCUAUGGUAUAAUACUGUGUGUGUUCUACCAGGUGUGUGCGUGCCAGGUGCGAGCCACAGGGAAGAUGUAUGCCUGUAAGAAGUUAGAGAAGAAGAGGAUUAAGAAGAGGAAAGGAGAGUCCAUGGCCCUCAAUGAGAAACAAAUACUAGAGAAGGUCAACAGCAGAUUUGUUGUGAGUCUCCUCCUGUUAUUUAUUAGGAGACAUGACCAUACACAAUACACACUUCUUUCACUUUAUUUUCUCUCUCUCUCUCUCUCUCUCUCUCUCCUCUCUCUCUCUCUCUCUCUCUCUCUCUCCUCUCUCUCUCUCUCUCUCUCUCUGUCUCUCUGUCUCUCUGUCUCUGUCUCUGUCUGUCUCUGUCUCUGUCUCUCUGUCUCUCUCUCUCUCUGUCUCUCUCCCUCUCUGUCUGAUCUCUAAUCGCUACCCCUAUGUGUCUUUGACCCCUCUCUAGGUGAGUUUAGCGUAUGCCUAUGAGACCAAAGAUGCUCUGUGUCUAGUGUUGACCUUAAUGAAUGGAGGAGAUCUGAAGUUCCACAUCUAUAGCAUGGGAACUCCAGGCUUUGAGAAGGACAGGGUCCAGUUCUAUGCUGCCCAGAUCUGCUGCGGCCUGGACCACCUACACCAGGAAUCCAUCGUCUACAGGUGACAGCUUUUUAUCAUAGCACCUACACUCACAGGAUAGAAGUUGCCCUUAAACACAGAUCUAGUUUCAGAUUGCAACCUACUUCCACCUAUAACCUAAUGAACAGUCUGUUUGUCUGAUUGUCAUUCGCUAUACCAAUGUCUCCAGAGAUCACGUGAUAUCAACACAUGAUGUAUUGGUUUUAGUCCCAAUGUCAAAUGCACCAAACUAACUGCGGUUUUGGAAAUUUCUUUCAGGGAUUUAAAACCAGAGAAUAUUCUAUUAGAUGAUAAUGGUGAGUUGACCUUCUUCCUACUGUACAAUAGCAUAACUACUGGGAUAAUGUCUUUUAACAGAGAGACUCUCUGCUAAAUAUGACUGAUCUUUGAACCCUGACCUCUUCCCCUCUGCUGUAGGACACAUCCGGAUCUCAGAUCUGGGCCUGGCCAUCAAAGUGCCUGAAGGGGACCCCAUACGAGGCAGAGUGGGAACAGUGGGCUACAUGGGUAAGACACCUCCAUAUGGUAUUACCACACAUUAUAAUACAUUUAUAAUACAUCUAUAAAAUACAUAUAGGCUAAAAUCAUUGGACAAAAACCUUACAUUAUCGUAAUACAUUAUCAAUUUAAAUGUUUUACCAUACAAAUAAGAUAUCAUCAAACCUGCAUGAUGAGAACGUGGCAUUGGGACAAUCUGGUGUCAUACUGUGCUGUGUGUGUAGCUCCGGAGGUGAUCAACAACGAGCGCUAUGGGAUGAGUCCAGACUGGUGGGGGCUGGGAUGUCUCAUCUAUGAGAUGACCGCGGGACGCUCACCCUUCCGCGCACGCAAAGAACGAGUGAAGAGGGAGGAGGUGGAGAAGAGGGUGCAGGAGGAAGAGGAGGAGUACAGCGACAAGUUUACAGAAGACACCAAGGCCAUCUGUAGGGUGGUGAGAGUCCAU